AUUAUACACAUGGGCCCCCACACGAUGCGAGCGCAAUUGAGCCGUAUCGUAUACUUGAAGCAGGUGCAUCACUUGGGCUGCCCGAGCGCCCUGAAAUGCGGGAUACUCCGCUUUUCAGCAUAAAAAAAGACGCACGUAGCGCCAAGAUCCAGCUACAGUCGAAUCCCCACCUACGCACAAAAUCUCGCCGGGCGUGCGCAGAAGCUGCCCUCCGCGCGGCUGCUAUCCUGGUACGACCGGGCGAAGCUACGGUCAUCUUGGCGUAUCUAGUGGCCGUCUUAGCGUCGCGAGAGACCGAUUCGAGGUUCUCGGCGUACGCGGCGACAUAAAUAAAUCGACGACUUUUGGGACUGAGGACAAGUGCAACCCUUUAGAAGCCACAAUCGGAGCUGCGCUACGAUACCAAACCCUGCGGAGCCUCACGGCAACCGAAAUCGGGGCGGGAACCGUAAAUGUGGCCAAGAUGGUAAGGGGGUCGGCGGCGGCGGCGGCCGGGCCGGGCGGCGGCGGCGCGGCGGCGGCGGUGGCAGUGGCAGUGGCAGUGGCAGGCUGAGGCUGAGUCCCGAGUCCCCCCCCCCGGGCCUUUGUCGCAAGGAGCCCCCUUAUUUUAUGAAAAUCCACACUACAGGGCUACCGUGACGUAUGUAUGCGCCGUGAUCUGUCAAAAUUUCACUGGCAGACCCCCCCCCUGAUUGCACUUUCAGUACGAACCUGUAGAUCCUGUAGUACCGUAGAUACACCCAUUACAAGAAAGUACAAGCUCGCGAGCUUGUACAAGCUGGUAGCUUGCACCAUCUCCGAGCCCAGCGGGGCCCGGGCGGGUAAUGAGAGAGGGCACGACCAUGAAGUUUCUGCGCUCAGUAAAGCGCCGAAGAUGUCAGUCUCAGCGUCAAUGCGGCUGAGCCGUGGUGGUGCAGAUCGGCCGCACACCGCAUCGCGUCGCGCGAAUGCGCGGCGCCGGGUCGAGGCGGCGACGCUGCGAGUACGCGCAGUGAAUAAAGUUCGGGUGUACGUGGCGAAGCUCCUGCGCCGCGUCACGAUAGGCGAGGCACUAGCAGUUAUCGGGAAUACGCGGCGGCGCCUACGUGCACCCAAGGCUUGCGGUAGCAGCGUAGCGGCAAUAGGCAGCGGCGGAAUUGACAUCGCAAUGCACGCGUGCUGUCAAAUGCGCGCGCGGCGAGCGGCACUCCGAGAGGGCGCACGGCGCGCCGUCGAGCGGCGCCAGGCCGUGUUGAAGUUGAAAAGAAUCUGUCCUCGAACGGCCCUGGGAACAACCGCCGGUCGUGAUGCGAAGUAAGGCGUCAUGAGCUUAUGUAGGUGUUGGGAGGACGAGACUGAUUCCGAGGCGGAGUCAGUCCCGCGUGGAUGCGAGACGAACGACCUCGAUUUGCGCGUCCCCAGAGUUUCAGCUACCGUUGCGACCCACUCGCGUACCAUCGCGUCCGUCGCGGCAAUCUGCUUUGAUCAAUUAUGCGCACAGGCUUCGCAUCGCACGCAAUCGCCACCGCCUGCGCCAUUACUAUGGUCGGCCGCGACUAUAUCCCGCAGGUCUCGCCGCCGACGUUGAGCGGCUCCAUACGCUCGCUCGCAACGGCGACGCGACAGCUGCGCGCCGCGCAAGUUCCGAGGCGCUCGUCUGGCAUGGUCAUCUUGCGCCGCCCGUCGCAGCCGGCGCACCAUCGAUCAGACGCUUGGCACCUGGGGCUCGCUGGCGGUACACCAUCGGCGGCUGCUCGGGGAAAGAAAGGGCUUCAUGGAUGAUGUCUCGUAGUCGACAACUCGCGCAGGUUGUAACACCAGAUUCCUGGGUUCGAGACCCGCUGCACGCAUACACGCCCGCCGCGCGGCACGAGAUAGCAUGCGCCGGGGCGCUGAGUAUCAACGACAUGCAAAUUUUAGGCGCGCUCGAUGGAAAUGACACUACACAAGGCAUUGACUUGGGCGAUGCCGACGACGAAAAAGACCCUUACCACCCUCCGUUUCUCAGAUAUCUAUGGAAAGUCGCGUCCUCACGCCCCUACCCAUCGCCUUCUGCUAAGGGUCUAUCGUCGCUGCUGCAGGAAAACAUAGAGGAUCUCUCUGCCACCAUGGAUUCCUGUGACGAGGCCAGAAGACCAAAAUUGGCGAAAUAAUCUCGGCGGGCGAGUUGAGUUUCCACAAGGAUGGUGCUGAACUGCUGGCGGGGGCUGGGGCACAGCCCGCAUAAGUCGUGCAACAGAGACUCUUUUGGCGAAAUGCGGAUGUUUAGCCGGGCUUGGGAUUGCCACGGGCAGCAUUGAUGCAAGACGAGUAGUAUAGGGAAAAUGUAUACUUUAUUUCCCAUCCUUCGGAUGAGCCAUAAAAUAUACUUUUUCCAUUUUUUAGAAAUCCGACAUAAAAACCAUCCCCCCUUUUUUUCCACUGGC